GGAUCAUCUCGGCCGGACGUUUAAGUGGACAAUGACGGAUUUAAGUUGAUGGCGAAAACGGUUGCCAUCAUCGGGAUUCACAACGACGGCCCAAAUAUAUAUAACUCUCCAUUCUUUGAACUCGUCGGCAGGAUCGAGAUCUACGGGAAUCGCUAAAAGAUACGGGUUUUUUUGUUUUGUUUUAUUUAAUCCAAGUCAUCGCGGACAAGAGACACCAAAGGUUUCCAUCCAUCUUCUUCAUUCAUGCGGCGGGUCGUGUGAUGUCGCUCGACGCGUGUGGCACUCGCCCGGAGAGAAAUAACACAGCACACACAACAAACGAAUAAAAAUAAAGGGAUCGAGUGCUGUGUCGGGCAUAAAACCCUAGAAAAAGAAAAUAAAAAAAAAGGUUUCUGUGACUGCCGAGAGAGCGUGACGUCGAAUCGAUGGCGAACCGUGACCAGGAGUCACUGGAUUAUUAUUAUCAUUCGUGGUCGAAACGGUGGUCGAUGACGAGAUCGGCCAGCAGCAGAGGAGUGACAUCGGCCACCGCCAACACCUCGACCAAUGCGGCGGCCGCAGCGUCUACGCAUCAGCGCGGAUGUCGAUGCAACUGGCUCCGACUACGCCAAAGGAUCUUGGCUAAGUUAUGCCGGACGACAAUUGUGAUUGUGCUCAUGCUGACGGUUCUAGUCAACCUCAUUUUUAUUCUGGAAUUUGGCUACAAGUCGAAACAAAGUAGCGGCCCCCAUCUUUCUGCUGAUGAGUCGACCGGUCGAGCCAAUAUCACGGAUGAUAGCCAAUCAUACCAGCAAUAUCUAACGCUGGAAAUUGUUUCCAGUCAAUUGAGAGCGGCCGUGAGCGUUGAUGGAGCCACGAUGAUUGACGAUAACGAAGUGGGUAAAGGACGAGGUAUUCACGUGCUGGUCUUAAAUCAGAGGACCGGCUCGGUAAUGGCCCGACAAAUUUUCGACACCUACUCGCCGCACGAAGACGAAGCCAUGAGCCUCUUCAUCAAUUUGGUCUCCAAAGGCAGAAUCAUCGUCAUGACUAUCAAAGAUGAAGGUUCGUUCCAUCUGAAGCAGCCGACGCGGGAUCUCCUGCAGCGCUACGGAUCGAAGAAUUCACAGAUAUUGGGCUGGCGAGAUACGUGGAUCUUCGUCUUCCAAAAGGAAGGCAUCAACUCCUUGCUGGCGCAGAGAGGCGGCGGCAGAUGUUGCGAACAUUUGGGUAAAAGCUCCAAUUUCCUGUCGUGGGGAGAGAAUCUCUCCGUGACUUGCAAAGUCCGUCUAUCCACCGACCAACACGAGUCGGAGUGCCAAUGGCCUGACACGGAAGAAAAUCAACGCCGACGGGAGUUCUGCAGUCGUGUCGAAGGCUACGGAAGCGUCUGUGAUUGUCACCAACCUACUCCCAUCAAUUUCCAACCGUCUCCGAUUCCAAAUAAUCAAAUUGGUAAUGUUCCCGUGGCAAUCAUAGCCAGCAAUCGCCCGCAUUAUUUGUACAGAAUGUUGAGGUCUUUAUUGAGAGCUGGUGGUGCCAAUAAGGAGAUGAUGACCGUGUUCAUCGACGGCUAUUUCGAAGAGCCCAUGCAAGUGGUGCGCCUUUUGGGUUUGAAGGGAGUCCAGCACAAGCCGCUGGGCACCAAGAACGCCCGCAUUUCCCAACAUUAUAAAGCCUCUCUAUCAGCUCUCUUCAAGCAGCAUCCGGACGCCCGUCACGCCAUCUUAGUUGAAGAGGAUCUGGACGUCUCCCCCGAUUUCUUCCAUUAUUUCAGUCAACUGGCGCAUUUGUUGGAUGAGGACCCGACACUUUACUGCGUGUCGGCCUGGAACGACCACGGCUACCAGCACAGCGCAGUGAACGCGACGCUGCUCUACCGAGUCGAUACAAUGCCCGGACUCGGAUGGAUGCUGACCAAGAAACUGUUCAAAGAAGAGCUAGAAAUAUCGUGGCCGACCCAGGAUAAAAUGUGGGACUGGGAUAUGUGGAUGAGGAAGCCUAGCGUGCGCCGAGACCGGGAAUGCGUCAUUCCCGACGUUCCACGCACCUACCAUUUUGGCGCCAGCGGCCUCAAUAUGAAUUCCUUCUUCCAGGAUACUUAUUUCCGUAAGCGGGCGCUCAAUAACCAGCCGGACGUUCAACUCCGCGGCAUCGAAAACAUGAAGGCCGCCAAUUAUGAACGAGUCGUCCACACAGCGGUGCGCAAUGCAACAGUGCUAGACCACAACAUUUCGCCGUGUGAAGAAUCUUUCAUUCCCAACGUUUCGGGAGAGACUUUUGUGUUGUACAUGAAAAUGGAGCACGCUCGGGACACAGUCACCUGGCUUCAGAUCGCCAAGUGCUUCAAAAUUUGGGAUUUGGACGCAAGGGGAUCGCACAAAGGCCUCUGGCGAUUCUUUAUCAAGAACAAUUCAAUCAUGGUGGUCGGUUUUCCGUUUUCACCGUAUUCGAAAUUCAAACCGGCUCCGGUGAUCCCAAUUGAAUUACGUCCGGCAUCCACAACUCCGAGGAGUAAUUAAUCUGCGGGAGUACAUACAGUUGUUCAAGACCAAUCACGUUAUCUCGUGAAAAUCGGCCAUUGUCGAGCUCACACAAAACAAGGUUAUAUUCCAAUCGGCAUCACGCCUGCUAUACUGCUACUUAUCACGCAAACGAAAAGGCAUAUCGGUGAUAUUCGAUGGUUUUUGUUUUUUGUAUAACUGCUGCCGUGUGUGUGUAUCACACCAUUCUCACAAACAAAUUUUUUUAACAAGAUUUAUAUAUUGAUUGAACAUUUCAGAAUAUUUAUCUUAUACAUAGCUGCUGCUGCUCUCCUCGUCCAUAUGU